AUGUCAACGGAGCCUACGGGCGAGGCAACCGGGUCCUCCAAAAUCCCCUUCUGGCGCACAGUCUGGGAUCAAAAGAUCGUGACCGACGAGGUCAUUAACUUCCCCUACGAUGGCUCCGGCACACCAGAGGACCCCUAUGCCGUCUCUUGGAUCCCCCAAGACCCGCGUAACCCCAUGAACUGGGGAUACAUCAAGAAAUGGUCCAUCACAUUCCUGGCUUCCUUCAUCACGCUUGCAGUGUCACUCGUCUCCUCUGCUUAUUCGGGAGGUCUCUCCCAGAUUGUAACGGAUUUCAACGCAUCGGAAGAAGUCGCCAUCCUGGGUGUGUCGCUGUUCGUGCUUGGGUUCGCUUUUGGACCUCUAAUCUGGGCUCCGUUGAGUGAGACUUUUGGUCGGAGGAAUAUCUUCGUUAUGACCUAUGGGUUACUGACGGCGUUUAAUGCCGGUGCUUGUGGUUCGCAGAAUAUUCAGACGUUGGUUAUUCUGCGGUUUUUCGGUGGUUUCUUUGGUUCUUCACCGUUUGGGAAUUCUGGUGGGACUAUUGCGGACAUGUUCGCGUCGUCGGAACGGGGGAUUGCGGUUAGCAUGUAUUCUGCAGCGCCGUUCUUGGGACCUUGCUUGGGUCCCAUCAUUGGAGGAUUCCUUGGUGAAUCAGCCGGCUGGCGCUGGGUUCUAGGCCUGCUGGCGGCAUUCACCGGCAUCAUCUGGCUGGUCAUUACCUUCUGCUUACCCGAGACAUAUGCACCCGUCCUGCUGCGCCGGCGAGCUGAGAAGCUCUCUGAAGUUACCGGCAAGGUGUACCAGAGCCGACUCGAUAUUGAUCGAGGCGGCGUGUCGACGGUCCAGAUGUUGACGACAUCGCUCUCCCGGCCAUGGAUCCUGCUGUUCCAUGAGCCUAUUGUGCUCUUGUCCAGUAUCUACAUGGCCAUUAUCUACGGUACUCUGUACAUGUUGUUCGCCGCGUAUCCAAUCGUCUUCCAGGAAGUGCGUGGCUGGAGCCAAGGGAUCGGGGGGUUGGCUUUCAUCGGCGUCCUGGUGGGAAUGAUGAUCGCUUUCACCUAUACCCUUAUGGAUAACUUGAAAUACACCAAGCUAGCGCGCCAGACCACCGGGCGUCUUCCUCCGGAAAUGCGUCUGCCAAUCGGUAUCGUGGGAGCCAUUGCUCUACCGAUCGGGCUGUUCUGGUUCGCCUGGACCAACUCUCCGUCUAUCCACUGGCUGUGUUCCGUCGCAGCUGGAGCGCCGUUUGGGUUCGGCAUGGUUUUGGUCUUCCUGGGUGUCAUGAACUAUCUGGUGGACUCGUACACGAUCUUUGCUGCCUCUGUCCUGGCGGCCAACUCGGCUCUGCGGUCACUUUUCGGUGCUAUCUUCCCCCUUUUCACCACCUACAUGUACCACAACCUGGGCAUCCAUUGGGCGACAUGCAUCCCCGCGUUCCUUUCCGUGGCUUGUGUUCCAUUCCCGAUUAUAUUCUACAUCUACGGCCCCCGUAUCCGCAAGCGCUGCACCUACUCCGCCGAAGCAGACGCCUUCAUGGAACGACUCACAGCGAAGCACCAGGCCGAAGUCCAGCAUGAAGAGCCAGCCAAAGGGAAGAGCGCUGCGUCAGAUGAUACUGAGAAUCACGGUGGCAGUGACAAUGACAGUGACAGCGCUGCGAGUCUCUCGACUGUUCCUUCGGCGGUUCCUUCUUCGCGACGGGUAACGAGGAGUCGGGCGGGGUCUCAUGCGUCGCGACAGACUAUUGCUACGCAGUAUGAGGAGAAUCCGUUUAACCUUGAUCGGGUGAAUACGCGCCAUUCUGCUAUUAGUGGUCAUCGCACGAAGAUUUGA